UUUUGAGGGAAAUUGAAGAAAAUUUUUGUUUGAAAGAAAGGGAGGCCAUCUUGUUUCCUUCGCUUGAACCUUUCCUAUCGUCGCGUUUCGCAUUCGUGUUUAGUGUUGCAUAAUUAUUUGUUUUGUGUUGUGAAUUUAUUCAAGAAGUUGAUCUUUUGAAAUGGCUCGUACUAAGCAGACAGCUCGUAAAUCGACGGGAGGUAAAGCUCCCCGUAAACAGCUCGCUACCAAAGCAGCCCGUAAAAGCGCGCCAUCCACUGGAGGAGUAAAGAAACCCCAUCGUUACAGGCCCGGUACCGUCGCUCUUCGAGAAAUCCGUCGUUAUCAAAAGUCUACUGAAUUGUUGAUCAGAAAAUUACCUUUCCAACGUUUAGUUCGUGAAAUUGCACAGGAUUUCAAAACUGACUUGCGUUUCCAAAGUGCUGCUAUCGGAGCUUUACAAGAAGCAAGUGAAGCUUAUUUGGUCGGUUUAUUCGAAGAUACUAACUUGUGCGCUAUCCACGCCAAAAGAGUAACCAUUAUGCCAAAAGAUAUCCAAUUGGCUCGUCGUAUUCGAGGAGAACGUGCUUAAGUGUGUGUUUUAUUUUAUUUCCCUAAAUUUUAAGUUGGCUAGGAAUUAUGUGUUGAAGAACUAAGGUUAGGUAAACCAUUACAAUUUAUUUUUAUUUUUCUAUCGUCUUAUUCAGCGAUUAAUUACUUUAAGAGCAGUUCCUAAUGUUAUUUACGAAAAUUCAAAAUUAUCUUCACUUUUAAUGUUAUUGAAAUUCCGAUAGUAUUUCAGUCUAAAACUUGGUAUCUUAUUGCAUUUGCUGUAAGUUUAUUCAUUAUUCGUUAAUUUAUCUUCGGUUUUUACGGACAUUUUUUAAUUUUUUUAAUAUCGCUUCGUAGAUGACUUUAUUUGAUGUGUUGACUACGUACUACGUUGCAUAAUGUAAUUGAUCACAAUAAAGUUUUAAUAUGCUUUA